AAAGAUACAAGCAACCCAAAGAAAUCCCUACAGAGGCCCUCCGGGAAACACGUGGCGACAAAGUUGCGGCUCUAAUUCGAUUUGGUGCAAUUGUGGACUUUGUGGUGCAUUUUGUGUUGUGUGCCACACAACAUUACCCAAAUGCUGCCAAAUAGACGUUAUCUCUCAAAUUCUUCCACAAAUUUGAGGAGUAAUUUGAUUCUUCAAGGGAAAAUAUAGGCUGAAAUUCGCUUGUUCACUCAUCUUCUUCCUCUUUGGAUGGGCUAAAAUUUCUUCUUGCUCUUCCAUUGAGAAAGAGAGUAAGUUUCAAAACCCAGAAAUUUAUUCUCUAAAUUUCUGUCAUUUCUCUCUCCUCUACAAUGGAUUUGGCCACUAAACUUCACCGAAUUGACCUUCGUUCAUCUUUCAUUACUGGUUCAUCUUCAACCCUAUUAGAUACUCGCAAAUCCUCAAUUUUACCACUUUCUUCAUCAUUUUCAACAAUUAAAGCUUCCAACUUUAGUAACAAUUCUCUCAAACCUUCGAAAACCACUUCACAAUCGAACCCUAGGCUUCGAAUUUCAUCCAAAUUGUCUGCAACAGCUGUUGAAACGUCGGGCACAAAUACCCAGAGCAGGGAUGAGAUUGAAGCUCUUUUUUCUAAGGAUUCUACUGAUCAUUUUGAUAGGAAAAGGGGGAAUAAUAGAAAUUCAAAAUCUGGGGCUUCAAGUGUUUCGUCUGGGGUUAGGUUAGAGAAUAUUAGUAAGAUUUAUAAGGGGGUCACUGUGCUGAAAAAUGUGAGUUGGGAAGUGAAGAAGGGGGAAAAAGUAGGGUUAGUUGGAGUAAAUGGGGCAGGAAAAACUACGCAAUUGAGGAUAAUUGCUGGGUUGGAGGAACCUGAUUCUGGGAAUGUGAUCAAGGUUAAGAACAAUAUGAAAAUCUCGUUUUUGAGCCAAGAAUUUGAGGUUUCGAUGAGUAAGACAGUGAGAGAGGAGUUCAUGAGCGCGUUUAAGGAAGAGAUGGAGGUUGCAGAGAAGAUUGAGAAGGUGCAAAAGGCUAUUGAGGGGUCUGUUGAUGAUUUGGACUUAAUGGGAAGGUUGUUGGAUGAGCUGGAUUUGUUGCAGAAUAGGGCACAGGCUGUAGACUUGGUUCAGGUGGAUGCUAAGAUCAGUAAGUUGAUGCCUGAACUCGGGUUUUUGCCUGAGGAUUCGGAUAGGUUAGUUGCAUCUUUUAGUGGUGGAUGGCAGAUGAGAAUGUCACUUGGGAAGAUUUUGCUUCAGGAUCCAGAUUUGUUGCUCUUGGAUGAGCCUACUAAUCACCUUGAUCUUGACACGAUUGAGUGGUUUGAGAGAUAUCUUAACCAGUUGGACGUGCCGAUGGUCAUUAUAUCUCAUGACAGAGCUUUCCUUGACCAGCUUUGUACCAAAAUUGUGGAAACAGAAAUGGGUGUAUCUAGGACAUUUGUAGGAAACUAUUCUGACUAUGUUAUUUCAAAAGCUGCUUGGAUUGAAGCUCAAUUUGCUGCAUGGGAGAAGCAACAGAAGGAAAUUGAUCAAACAAAGGACAUAAUUAACCGAGUUGGUACUGGAGUAAGUGCCGCCCGAGGAUCUACUGCAGAGAAGAAAUUAGAAAAGCUUCAAGAUGAGGAGCAAGUUGAGAAGCCUUUCAUAAGGAAGCAAAUGAAGAUUGUAUUCCCUGAACCUGAGCGGAGGAGCGGGAAGUUGGUCUUGACAGUAAAUAACCUCCAAUUUGGCUAUGGCGAUAAUGUACUAUUUCGCAAUGCAAAUCUUACAAUUCAGAAGGGGGAGAAAAUUGCUAUUAUUGGUCCCAACGGGUGCGGGAAAAGCAGUUUUUUAAAACUAAUUAUGGGUUUGGAGAAACCUACAGCUGGUGAAAUUAUAUUAGGGGAGCACAAUGUGAUCCCAAAUUAUUUUGAGCAAAAUCAGGCUGAAGCGCUGGAUUUGGAUAAAACGGUGAUCCAAACAGUGGAUGAAGUUGCGGAGGAAAAGGAACUGGAUGAAAUAAAAGGUCUUUUAGGGCGUCUAAAUUUUAAGUCUGAUAUGCUUGAUAGGAAGGUCUCCCGUUUGAGCGGCGGAGAGAAGGCGCGCUUGGCCUUCUGCAAGUUCAUGGUGAAAAAGUCGACUUUACUGGUUCUCGAUGAACCUACGAAUCAUUUGGAUAUACCUACAAAGGAGAUGCUUGAGGAAGCUAUACAAGAAUAUGAAGGUACCGUCAUCACAGUUUCCCAUGAUCGGUAUUUUGUCCGUCAAAUAGUUAACAGAGUGAUUGAGGUUAAGGAUGGAUAUUUACAAGACUAUGUUGGGGACUACAAUUAUUAUCUAGAGAAGAAUCUUGAUGCAAGACAGAGAGAAUUGGACCGUGAGGCAGAGCUUGAAGAGAAGAAUUCCAAAGUAAAAGCAAAAUCGAAGAUGACAAAGGCGGAGAAGGAGGCUCGGAAGAAACAGAAAAUGUUGGCUUUUCAGCAAGCGAAAGCAAAAUCAAAGGGGUUAAAGAACUCCAAGAGAUGGAACUAAUUAAGGGUAUCUUUCUGUAUUUUUUUAAAUAAAGAUACUCUCCUCUUCGUAAACAAUCUCUCUUGAUCUUGUGCAUAGCAACUACAAUAGGGUCCUAGAGGUCUUCGUUUUUUGAUUCUGAAGGAACGAAGUCGUGAAGCUGUAACAGGAAGCUUAAUGUCAGUUUGAUGCAUACUUAGCUUAGAACUCGAGCAAACAAUUUAUAGACUUUUGUAAAUAGCAAUUUGGUAUGUCCUUAAUAAUAUGGUUCUUCUUUUUA